AUGUCUCACAUCGCUGUUGAGAGGAACCGAAGAAGGCAAAUGAAUGAGCAUCUUAAAUCCCUUCGUUCUUUGACUCCUUGUUUCUAUAUCAAAAGGGGAGAUCAAGCUUCGAUAAUCGGAGGAGUGGUAGAAUUCAUCAAAGAGCUUCAGCAAUUGGUACAGGUUCUCGAGUCCAAGAAACGUAGAAAGACACUAAACCGUCCUUACGAUCACCAAACACUCGAGCCAUCCAUAUUAGCAGCUGCAACCACUAGAGUGCCGUUUAGUCGAAUCGAAAAUGUAAUGACCACAAGCACUUUCAAGGAAGUAGGAGCAUGUUGCAACUCCCCUCAUGCUAACGUCGAAGCUAAGAUCUCAGGCUCUAACGUUGUACUGAGAGUUGUCUCUAGGAGAAUUGAGGGCCAGCUGGUGAGGAUCAUAUCCGUCUUGGAGAAACUAUCCUUUCAGGUUCUUCAUCUCAACAUUAGCAGCAUGGAGGAGACUGUCUUGUACUUCUUCGUUGUUAAGAUAGGACUAGAGUGUCACUUAAGCUUGGAGGAUCUAACCCUUGAAGUUCAGAAUAGCUUUGUGCCUGAAGUCAUCAUCUCUACCAACUAAAACCAAAAGUAUACAC